AUGUCCCUGUGCUCUAGUGACCUGAGCUACGACAGCCGCGUCUGCCUGCCCGGCUCCUGCGACUCCUGCACCGACGCCUCCUGGCAGGUGGACGACUGCCCAGAGAGCUGCUGCGAGCCCUGCUGCGCCCCUGCCUGCUGCCAGCCCUGCAGCUGCGCCCCCGCCCCCGGCCUGACCCUCCUCUGCUCCCCGGCCAGCUGUGUGUGCAGCCCCUGCUGCCAGUCCGUCUGCACCAGCUGCUGCACGCCCUGCUGCUGCCCGCAGUCUAGCUGCCAGCCCUGCGGCUGCACCGGCUCGCCCUGCCAGCAAGCCUGCUGUGAGCCCGUGUGCUGCAGGCCAGUGUGCUGCACGCCCAUGUGCUGCACGCCUGUGUGCUGCACACCUGUGUGCUGCAGGCCCGUGUGCUGCACGCCCAUGUGCUGCAGGCCCGUGUGCUGCAGGCCCGUGUGCAGUGGGGCUUCCUCCAGCUGCUGCCAGCCCUGUGGCUGCACCUGCUCGCCCUGCCCGCCGUCCUCCAGCGUGUCCCUGCUGUGCAGGCCCGUGUGCAGGCCGGCCUGCGGGGCGCCCGCCUCCUGCGGCUGUGCCCCCUGCUGCCAGCCCAGCUGCUGCCGCCCCGCGGCCUCCUGUGUCUCCCUGCUGUGCCGCCCCGCCUGCUCCCGCCCAGCCUGCUGCCCCCACACAUCCUGCUGCUGA